AUGAGCGGCAGGCUCGUCGCCACACGCCUCGCCACGCUCGCGCGCCGAACGCCACUGCACACGUCACGCCUCUUUGCAACGCAUGCACUUCCAGCAGGCGGUCUGCUCCGCAACGAAGCAGGUCUUCGAUUAAUAAAACGGAGACCAUGGCCCCUUGGUAGCUAUGCGCUGCAUAACAUACCUGCUACGCGGUCCAUCUCUUUUGCGAGAGUAAUACCGAAGCUUGUCUCCAAGUUCGCGACUGUGGGAGCUGCUGCCGGUGGAGCUGUUCUUGCAGGUGUGAGCUACAUACAGUACCAAGCUGGGCAGGCGGGAACCUUCGCACUCGACCUCUUCCACCGCACGAGAGAUGGCGCAACUGAAAUCGCUGGCGGUGCACUAAACACAGCGAAUGGAUUUUUCGAUCAGAUCGACAAAGGAUGGCGUCAGACGAAGGAUGAAAUAGAGAAUGUGCAAUAUCCCGAAUGGCUACAGCGCAUGCUUGCGAAAGACGAGUCUGGUGGCGCAGGAGGCAACAAUGGCGGUGGCCAAGGCCCACAAGAGCCCAAGCAGAGCGGUGCUGGGACUGCAGCUGCAGGUGCAUCGACAGCAGCUGCUUUUGGGUACGAACAAGAAGACGAGGACAAGAAAGAGGCAGAGAAGAUUGCACGGGAUGAACAAAUGAUGAUGCUCACGAAGAAGAUGAUUGAGAUUCGAGGUCUGCUACAGACGGUGGGACAGUCGGACACACUCACCCUGCCGUCGAUCGUUGUCAUUGGAUCACAAUCCUCGGGAAAGAGUUCUGUGCUAGAGGCUAUCGUUGGCCACGAGUUCCUGCCAAAAGGACACAACAUGGUGACCCGCCGACCGAUCGAACUCACACUAGUCAAUACCCCAGAUGCGCAUGCCGAGUAUGGGGAGUUCCCGGCUCUGGGACUAGGAAAGGUCACAGACUUCAACCAGAUUCAGAAGACCUUGACGGACCUGAACCUCGCGGUACCGGCGUCAGACUGUGUAUCAGAUGACCCCAUUCAACUGCGGAUAUACUCGCCCAACGUCCCAGAUCUAUCGUUGAUUGACCUGCCUGGUUAUAUCCAGGUCGUCGGGCGAGAUCAACCGCCAGAGCUGAAGGAGAAGAUCUCACAACUCUGCGAGAAAUACAUCAGAGCGCCCAAUGUCAUCCUCGCUAUUUCAGCGGCAGAUGUUGACCUUGCCAACAGCACCGCAUUGCGAGCUUCGAGAAGAAUGGACCCCCGGGGUGAAAGAACGAUUGGUGUGAUCACAAAAAUGGACCUCGUAGAUGCUGAGCGUGGUGCCAGUCUACUCAACGACAAGAAGUACGCUCUCAGACUCGGGUAUGUGGGCGUCGUCUGCCGUGUCCCUGCAAAUGCCGGUGGCUCAAAGCUUUUCACGCGUGGGAACGGUAACAUCACGAACGCGAUUACAAAGAACGAGGGCGCAUACUUCUCCUCACACCCAGAGUUUGGACCCGACUCGCAUCUCGAUGUUGGGACUAAGAACCUCAAGAAGAAGCUGAUGCAUGUUCUGGAACAGACAAUGGCCUCCAGUCUGAAAACCACGAGCGAGGCUAUCCAACGGGAGCUCGCGGAAGCGACGUACGAAUACAAGGUGCAAUACAACGAGCGCCCUCUCAGUGCAGAAUCAUACCUCGCCGAAUCCCUCGACGGAUUCAAACACUCCUUCCGCAGCUUUUCUGAGCAGUUCGGCCGUCAGCAAGUCCGUGAACUCCUCAAACACGAGCUUGACCAGCAAGUCCUAAAUCUGCUUGCGCAACGGUACUGGAACCGGCCGUUCGAAGACCUUAGCGUUCCGUUCCCAGAAACCGAUCCGCUACACGGCCUCGCGAAAGCAGACCCUGAAGGCGAAGAUCAGAUAUGGAAGAUCAAACUCGAUAGCUCCAGCGCUGCGUUGACAAAACUUGGAGUUGGAAGGCUGGCUACAAGUGUGGUAGCAAACGCAUUACAAGCACACAUCGAUAGACUCAUCACCAACUCGCGAUUCGCUGCUCAUCCGUUUGCGCGACAAGCUAUUACUGAGGCUUCGACUUCGAUUCUGAAAGAUCUGAGUUAUGAUAUCUCAGACGAGUUGGAGAUUUGUAUCAAGCCGUACAAAUAUCGAAUUGAGGUUGAGGAUAAUGAGUGGGCGAAGGGGAGAGAGAAUGUUACUACAGUCCUUAAAGAUGAGCUCAAAGUCUGCGAAGCUGCUGUCAAGCAGCUUGAGGAUCACGUUGGCGGGCGCAAGAAGGUCAGGGAUGUAAUGUCCUUCAUCGACCGCGUACGAGGUGGACAAGUUGUCCUCGAGGGUGACGGUGUUGGUGGCGCUGGAGGCUUCAGUUCAGCAUUGCUCGCGAAAGGCCGCGAAGCAGUCUUUCUCCGCGACAGAGUUGAUGUCCUCAAACUCCGCCUCCUCGCAGUUAAAAGCAAGCAAUGCGCCAGCAAGAAGAACAAAUACUACUGCCCUGAAGUUUUCCUCGAUGCCGUUGCCGAUAAGUUGACAACUACCGCCGACCUCUUCUUAGACGCUGAGCUUUUGUCGAAGUUCUACUACAUUUUUCCCCGUGAACUCGACGCCCGCCUCGGUCGCGGCCUGUCACAAGAAGAAAUCGACCGCUUCGCCAAGGAGGACCCGAAGAUCAAACGGCAUUUGGAUGUCGUGAGACGGAAAGAGCUGCUGGAACAUGUGUUGAAGGAGAUGGAGGGCCUGAGACAGCUGGAGCAGAGGGAGAAACGUGUCAUGUCCAGACGUCAAGAGAGAGAAUUAAGGGGAGGGGAUGCGGGGAGGAAGGGUGGGUGGAGCCUAUUCUAG